ACGCCACCGCGUGCGUCACGAGCUGGCUCGCCGGUUCUCCCUCGCGGCCGCGUCCACGAAUAUUCUGGGCUCCUCCAGCGCGCGCAAGAAACCGCCAUGCCCAAAACUUCCUCCAUGACCAUGCCCCGCCGUAUAUAAGCCGGGUCGCGUCCCCUCUCUCCCUUCACCAAGCCGAGCAAGCAAGCAAGCAAAGCCAAUUGAUUGAUUGAAGCAAAGUCACAGAACGAGCGUGCGUGCGUGCAAGAAAGCAUCGGCCACCGGAGCUGCUGCAGGAAGCCAGGAAUCACCCCCGUCUCCAGUCGAGCAUGGACAAGGUGCUGGCCUUCUCCAUCCUGAGCGCGUCGCCGGCCGACGUCGCCCCCGGCGCCGGCGCCGGCGCUCGGUUCUCCUGGCAGCGGCAGGGGAGGAAGCUGCGGGACGACGGCCAGGCUAGAGCAGGGCGAGAGGGGAAGCGGGGCGGUCUGCCGGCGGAGGCGGAGCAGCAGCCGGAGGAGGGGAAGUCGCGGUCGCCGCCGACGUUGCCGCCGCGGUUCGCGCCGGAGUUCGACGGGAUCGACUGCUUCGGGACCAUCGUGUGCCACUGAGCAGUGAAUCAGAAUCACGGGCUGCUCGUGGUCUGGCCGCGCGCCUGGGUGGGACUAAUUAUUUCUUCGUUCGAUCACCGUGCGAUCGGCGUGUUCAUUUGCUGUCAACUUGAGCUUCCAACUGAUGCCGCGUGUUGUACAGAAUACAGAGGUAUAAAGAAACCAAUUUCACCGUGAUUAUUUGGAGAUGAGCUUUGGUUUUUAAGGCUCGAUGUCAUGACGGAGCAGAGAUGUUCAGUAAAGGCAACAUCUGCAUGAGCAACAGUGACGUUUCAGGCGAUCAAAGCCAUUGAGCGAGCAGGCGAACUGAGUUUAUGUCUGAAGAUACCGACACUUUCGUCAGUUAACUGAAAUAGACUCACCACCCCCGCAAGUUCAGAUUACAUUCAUAGUCCAACAGAGAAACAUCUCUGCCUAGUUCCUUGUUCUGUUUCUGAUCACUCCCCCUAACUGAUCCCCUGCUACACCUGAUGUCCCUAGUGUCCGGCUUGGAGAUCUCCCUUUUUCUUGAAUAUAUUUAGAUGUUCUCUGAGGCCUCUUUUAUUGAAUAUAUUCAGAUGGGGAAACCCGGUGUUGUCCCAAAUUCAUUUUGCUCCCGCACGCUUAUUAUAUGACCUUCCAACGCGCACAAAUUCCGCAUGGAACAUCAGCACAAUUUGACACCAGAUGUUGACUCCAGACCAAGGCAAAGCACUAAAACCAUUAACUUCAUCUCAGGCACCAUCAGAGACUAAUCGAGUAAAGUUCAUGGCAAGAACUGAAAUUCAGAAUAUGAUCACAGGGAAACAUCUCAUGAAGCGAGCUUACCAAACUGAAACAGAGCACUAAACCAUUCGCUGAAAACUGAAAUUCAGAAUUGAGACAGGGAAACAUCUCUGCAAGUUCACAGUCGUCGUCCACAGAGAUUUACAGAGAAAAGCGAGCUUGCACCACAGAUCGAACCAAGACAAAGUAGCACGAACAGGAUCAUGGCAAGAACUGAAAUAAGCACUGCUACUAUUUCUCCAGAUCAUGAAAUAUGAUCCCACACAA